AAGCAAAACUGGGAGGUUUCAAUUUGACAAAUCAACCCUCGUGUAAAAUAAUUGUUGAAAAUAUUUUAAAAACCAAUUUUAUUUGUAUAUAAAACCAAAAGUAAAUAAAACCAAAUAAAAUAAUAAUUGGUAUUCGCUACUGCAUUUCAUAGACAGCUUAAAAAAGAUAAUCAAUAUGGUAGUCGAAGGAAGCCUGACCCCUGAAGAAAAGCAUCGCCUUAUUUGCAGAAACCUCCAGGAAGUCUUGGGUGAUGACAAGUUGAAGGAAACCCUCAAAGAGAGAGACGUUAAGGUCUACUGGGGCACUGCGACCACUGGAAAGCCACACAUAGCUUACUUCGUGCCCAUGUCGAAGAUCGGUGACUUUCUUAAAGCUGGCUGUGAGGUGACUAUUCUAUUUGCCGAUCUUCAUGCUUGUCUCGAUAACAUGAAGGCACCUUGGGAAGUCGUCGCUUUGAGAACGGAGUAUUAUGAGCAUUGCAUUAAAGCGAUGUUGACAUCCAUUGGUGUUCCACUUGAUAAGUUGAAGUUCGUCCGUGGUACUGAGUACCAGCUAUCAAAGGAAUAUACGUUGGAUGUCUACCGGCUGAGUUCAGUUAUUACAGAACAUGACGCAAAGAAGGCAGGAGCUGAGGUUGUCAAACAAGUUGAUCAUCCUCUCCUUUCUGGAUUACUUUACCCAGGCUUGCAAGCCCUCGAUGAGGAAUAUUUACAUGUUGAUGCUCAAUUUGGAGGAAUUGAUCAAAGGAAAAUCUUCACCUUUUCCGAGAAAUACCUUCCGCAGCUAGGUUAUGCUAAAAGAAUUCACCUCAUGAACCCCAUGGUUCCUGGCCUUGCUGGUGGAAAAAUGUCUUCUUCUGAAGAAGAUAGCAAGAUUGAUCUUAUCGACUCACCGUCAAACGUUAAAAAAAAACUGAAAAAGGCUUUCUGUGAGCCUGGAAAUGUGGCGGACAAUGGAGUACUAGCGUUUGCUAAACAUGUUGUUUUUAGUGUUUUAAAACCUGGAGAAAAGUUUUUAGUUGAAAGGAAUGAAGAACAUGGUGGAAAUUUAGAGUUCAGCAACUACGAAGAGCUUGAAUCUUCCUUCGCUGCGGAAAAACUUCACCCUGGUGAUUUGAAGGCUUCGAUUGAAUUUUAUAUUAAUAGACUUUUACAUCCGAUACGUCAAGUUUUUGAAAAGCCUGAGCUUAAAACCCUUGCAGCAAAAGCAUAUGCACCUCCAAAAAAAACUGCACCUAGUGAUGAUGAAGUAAGUCCUUAUCGACUGGACAUCCGAGUAGGGAAAGUUGUUGAAGUCACACAGCAUCCGGACGCAGACGCUCUCUAUGUUGAAAAAAUAGAUCUUGGUGAAGGUGAAUCAAGGACUAUUGUCAGUGGAUUAGUACAAUAUGUUCCUAAAGAUGAGUUGUUAAACAAAAAUGUUGUCGUUUUAUGUAAUUUGAAACCUGCUAAAAUGAGGGGUGUUUUGUCAGCUGGGAUGGUUCUGUGUGCUUCGCAAGAAGCUGAUGGUAAGAAAGAAGUAGAACUGCUCAUACCUCCUGAAGGUUCAAAUCCAGGUGAUCGUGUGUUUGUAGACAACUAUGAAAAUGGUAGUCCUGAUGAAGUGUUAAAUCCUAAGAAAAAAGUUUGGGAUAAACUUCAAAUUGAUUUGAAGACUUCAACGACAUGCGAGGCUAUUUGGCAAGGCAACAACCUUUUGACAUCUAAGGGAAAAGUACUGUGCAAGUCCUUGAAGAACGCACCGAUUAAAUAAAAUAUUAAUUAUUUAUUAUGCUUUUUUUCAUUAUUGAGAUUAAACAAAUAUGUUUUAUAUAUA